GUAGCUCCCUGAUUAAUGUUCAGACGAUUGCUGACUUUUUCCAGGCUUCAAACUGAGUUACCGGCUUCUGUGUGAGACGCAAAAUGUCCCUACAGUCCGUCGGGAGGCAGCAGGAUGGAUUUACAUCUUGGUUUUCUUAGUAGACAUACACACGUUCUAAGGUUUCAGGGAUUUUUUGACCAAAAGCGACCGAAACUUCGGUGUUUGUCCAACUUCUGGGAGCUAAGCAGCUGUUUGGCUUAACCAGUUAACUUUUCAUAAUACUAGUAAUAAUAAUACUAAUGAUGAUGGAUAAUAACGGCGAAGUCUCCAACGACAUUCGGACUGUUUACGCUGCUGUUUCCAGAGGACCAAACUCUGACCUGAAGAAUGGACAGCUUUUCAAACUUUACAAGAGGAGGUGGUUUGUGCUGCUGGUGUUGUGUCUCCUAAACUGCUCCAACGCAACGAUAUGGCUUACCUUUGCACCAGUGGCGAACCAGUCUGCCCAGUACCUGAAAGUCACUCUGGACGAGAUCAACUGGUUAUCGCUGGUCUAUAUGGUGGUGGCCAUACCGCUCAGCUUUGCAACCACUUGGAUGCUGGACACUCUUGGACUGAGGAUAACGCUGAUUCUGGGUGCCUGGCUGAACAUGCUCGGAGCCGUGUUGCGGUUCCUCGGCACGCUUCCGGGUGAGAGUUUUAAAAUCCAGUACCCGAUAGUGAUGUUGGGACAGACCCUCGGCGCCUUGGCUCAGCCCCUCAUCGUUUUCGCUCCCACCAAGCUGGCAGCCCUGUGGUUCCCCGACCAUCAGCGGGCCACAGCUAACAUGAUCGCCUCAAUGGCUAAUCCCCUGGGAAUCCUCCUCGCUAACAUCAUCUCUCCUGUGAUGGCUGAAACAUCUGCACAGAUCCCAAAGCUGCUUCUAGCCUAUGCAAUACCGACAUGCAUCAUCUGUGUCCUAGCAACAGUGGGGAUACGCAGCAGUUCCCCUCCAACGCCGCCCUCAGCCAGCGCAGAGACCUCCAACUCAGAGCCGUUCAUACAGGGGAUCAAACUGUUACUGAGGAACAGAGCCUACCUCAUCCUGCUGCUUUGCUUCGGCUCGGGGAUCGCCGUUUUCACCUGCUUCUCCACACUGCUGGAUCAGAUCCUGUGUGUAAAAGGAUACACCAACGACUUUGCUGGGUUGUGCGGCGCCCUCUUCAUUGUGUUUGGCAUCAUCGGCGCCGGUAUUCUGGGUCUCUAUGUCGACAAAACCAAGAAGUUCAUGGAAGCCACAAAGAUCAACAUGAGCUUCUGUGCUGUGGCGUGCAUCGCCUUCUCAGUGGUGUCUCUGAUGCCGCAGCAGAAAGUCGCCGUGGCCGCCGUCUGCUCUUUCUUCGGCUUUUUCGGUUUUUCCAUCUACCCGGUUGCCAUGGAGCUGUCGGUGGAGUGUUCGUAUCCCGUUGGAGAGGCCACGUCAGCUGGACUCGUCUUCGUAUCAGGACAGGUUCAGUCGGUUGUCUACAUCGUCCUCCUUCAGGCUCUGACCACACGGCUCGCAGACUCUCCCCUGUCCACCUGCGGGGAAGCAGCCUUGAGCUGGAAGGUGCCCAUGAUGGUGAUGGCAGGGCUGUGCACUCUGUUCACCUGCUGCUUCCUCAUCUUCUUCAACACCCACUACAGGCGACUGGAGGCUGAAGAACAAGCGACUUACAGGACCAGAGAGAGCCAGCAUCUAUACAGGAAUGAGCGCCCUCCGUGGAGGCGUGGAGCUGCUGGAAAUGCAGAGGAAACAUGCCACUAUGAGUGAGGACAGAAAGGUACUUGGACGGAUGAUCCGUUUUUGUUUUGUUUUUUUUAAAUAAAGCUGUUCCUGUGUACUUUAAGUCACAAACUUUUGGUACAUUGUUGGAUGUAACAUGUAAAUAAUCCAAAUUUUCAAUCCUCAAAAAAAAAGCUUAAAUUAUUAUUUUCCAGCCACUUUGGCAUGUAAAUAAUCUGUGUGAAUACAUGUAAUUAUUUUUAAUGUUCAUUAUUUUUUCCUUUUUUUUUUUAAUGGAAACUAAUAUUAAUAAUUCUAAUAAUUAUGGGAAGAAAAAGAAGAAGGAAAUUAUUUUAAUACUAAAGGAAACUGCAGACUUUUACUCACUCAGAUUUAAUACAAAGGUGAAGAAAUGUUACCUCAAAAUCAAGUUCGUUUAUACGGGUAUAAAACACCCACCCACACCUGAGCAGGUACAGAAGAGUAAAUGGUAAUGGGAGUUCGGUGCUUUGUUACAGAACUUGCUUUUAUGCGUUAAGUUAAAUUUCAAAUGUAGACCGCAUGUGUCGGCAUUCAUGUAUCCACUGUCCUUCAGUGCACUCCACUUUAGUCUUACAGUCUUCCUUAGAACAGCAAACAUGUAAAGGACAUAAACUGGGAGUCACAUGACUCAGCACACUCGUUCAUGUGCAGAUUCAUUUUGACUCUCAGGGACUGACUUUGUGCCGUCAGUCAGCACUCGUUCUGCUUGAAAUAACUCCUGAUGCCAUCCUAAAGCAGGGAGAGACUUGACUUUAUAGAUCGUAUGAAGGAAACUUGCGUACAUUUUUUAAAUAUCACUGUCAAACCCACAAAUAUUCUCCUGAUAUCAUGUAUUAACUCUAUGCGUUAAACAGGUUUUCUGCAGGUUUCUGAAAACUGUUUUUCAAACAUGACUACCUGAAUGUUGUUAAAAUAAGCAUAACAAUAUCUUUCUACCACUGUAAAAAAUAAAUAAAUAAAAACCUCCUAAAAAGUGUUUUAACCACGUUAAUGCUUUAUUUUUGUAAAUGUGUGGCCUUCUUAAGGACUGCAGAUGUUUUAAAACCUCACAGGUGAGACAUAUGUGGGCUUUGUGCAAUAAAAGAAAACAAGGUGUUUCAGCUGUGGGGCAAUUUAUGACAAAAAACAUGUGCAGAGUAAAUAAGAACACUUUUAUAAAUCAUGUUCAUUUUAUUUUUUACCAUUAAAUUUGUUCAUCUUUCCUACUUGAGUUUGUUCAUGUUACUGAGUUCAAAUUUGAUGCUUUCUUUGAACUAAGAGGCAACAGGGCAGGAUACUGAUGCUUUGCCUCAUUUUGUGAAAAGGUUGACAGGACUGUGCAGUACACACCAUGUUUGAGUAGCUUGUGGAACCCCCUGUCUCUACAAUAAAAUUCAUUUGAUUCAUCAA